AAUUUUUUGGAUGAUUGCCGAUUAUGAAAACACAAAUGGUGUAGAAAUCCCGUGACAACCAAUCCCACCUAGUUGACUGGCUGACUCACAAGAUUAUUAAAGUUAUUAAAGAUUUAUCCAUAUCUAUCUAUCAAUCAAAACACAAUUGAAAUUCUGGUGGAUAUUGUUGAUGACAAGUACAUCGGAGCUUUUUCACUAUAACCGCCGGAGACACCGUUUCAGCUUCCCCGGUGGUGGUGACGUCACACACCCAUCUCUUGCAGCUAAGCAACCCCAUCGUACCUCCACAAUCUGCCGUAGUCAUCACCACAACAAUCGCUUUCGUCUUUCUUCCCGCCAUCACCAUCCUUGCAGUAACUCUCAUUUGGAACAUGAGGAACAAGAUGGUACUAGUAGUCAAUCUCCCCUGGGUAAUUCCAAUGGUAUCAGCGGUAGAGGCAGUGAAAGUGACAGGCUUCCUGGAGCCGUAUUACUUGCAAGAGAGAGACUUUUGGAAAGACUGAGAGGUGUCUCUGUUUCUGGAAAUAGAAACAAUAGCUUUACAGGAAUUGACUACCCAUUAGAAAUCCGAAACCAAAGGAUGGAAGAGAUUUUAACAAGAAAGCAUGUUCCUGGACUCACUCAGGAUGCUCUUAACUGCUUACAGUCGGAGAGUUUCAGCAGUGAAAAUGAUGAUGAAACCUCAAUUGCCUUUAGAGGGUGUUCGAUUUGUCUUGAAGAUAUCCAGAAUGGCAGUGGUGCGCUCAUACGCUUGCAUUGUGCACACACAUUCCACUCAACCUGCUUGUUUCCUUGGCUCCGAAUAUGUGGGGCCUGCCCCAAUUGUAGAAAACCUGUACAUUUAAAUGUAUCCACAAACUAAUACUCAUUUUCCUUGUUCUUUAUUAAUGCUUCCUUUGGUUA